AUGGUGCCCGAGUCGACAUCUAGUCCUGGAGAAUCCAGUGAUCUAGGGGACACACAACAACGCGCUGGAGCUGCCAAGUCUAAGGCCACCAUACGGGCGUCUCUCGCCUGUGUACCCUGUCGAUCGAAACACGUAAAGUGUGACUCGGCUUUGCCAGCCUGCUUCAGAUGUCGUCUAGACGAUAAAACCUGCUACUACGCCAAAUCUCGACGAGGAAUUCGAGACGCUAAGAAGCGCAGUCUUGUCAACGAUCCCAUUGGCCCUCCCUCAGCUUCCACUAGCUCACCAGUCUCCUUUCCUUCCCCCGAGACGAGUCUUGAAAUACCCAUCAAUGUGGGCGACAAACUACCGGGAGGACGGUCUCUGAUCAAGAAUCCCUAUAUCUCCUCGCCGACUUCACUCCUAUUCGACCUCUAUUUUACAAACUUUCACGACACGCAUCCGUGGCUGCUUCCCAAGGAUCAACUCCUGCGUCGGAUCCGGUCCAAUUCCGAGCCGUUUCACUUCCUAGCAAGCUGCAUUGUUUAUGUAGGAUCUCUCUUCUCGAGGGCCAUCCACUCAGAGAAACUGCGAGAAAAGGCUUUCAGCUUGGCUAGUGGCAGCCUUCCGAUGACUUCCUGGACCGUCCAGGGCCUUCUCGUCUUGAGUGUCGCGGCAUGUGGAGAGGGUCGGAUGGACCUGAGUGCCGGGUGGAUGAAUGCUGCAACCCAUAUGGCCCUUGAGCUUGGAAUGCAAGAAAAGGAAUUUGCCGAUGCCGAACUUGAUAGGUUCACAUCGGAGAGUUUUAGGAGGACGUACUGGGCGCUCUACUGGCACGGCAACAUGCGGGCGAUGCGCGAAGAGUCGCCGACAUUUACCUUGUUAGGCGUCGUUGCGACUACAGAGCUUCCUUGUGAAGAGUGGGAGUACCAGUCAGGGGCACGUGAGCCAUUGCUUCUUCUUGUGGACUCAAUGUCCAGUUUUGUGCUAACACGAAAUCAGGAGAUCCCUCAAUCUUUAUCGUUGAAACAAUACGACGCCAAAGAUCCGAUGAACGACAAGAGCUAUUCAUCGUGGACUUACCUGAUCGAUCUGUGCCGCCUUUGUGGAGAGCUGAUACUUCCAAUGCCGACGUUGCCGCCGGGGCUACUAUUAGACACCAUCGACAGAGCCGACUCCAGAAUCGUGAGUUGGUUGAUCACUCUGCCUAAAUGGAAACAACACUUGGUAGAUUCGGGAGGCACUGUCGACAUGAUUCUCUUUCACGCGAUUUCAUAUGCGCACGACUUGAGGAUCAAGAUGCAACUACCUUUGGGAGCUUCGGAACUCGGUAUUCAAGACAUUUUGACCCUUGGUCCGCUCUUUGGGAACCGAGAUCUCUUGCCUCCCAUGAUACCACGGUCCCUUGCCUCUCCUUACCCGUGGUUUGAAUGUUCGACGGCUCUCCAGGCAGGGAUUACCACUAUCAGCCUCUUCCACUUCUCGCUCCCACCAGCGCGAUACAGCCCAGCGUGCAUCAUUGGCUUACAACGGGCGUCUCUUCCGUUGCUCAAUGCUAGAGUGUACGGAAAGACCGGGUCACCAGUAUUGCAAGAGAAGCUUGAUCUUUUGCUUGGUGUACUGAAGGUAGCUGGCGAUGUCUGGCCUGUUGCCAGGAACAUUGGUAGUGAGAUGAGCGACGUGUUGAGGAACGCGAACACCACAUAUCAGCGCAACGUAGUAUCUGGUUUCAGUUCGAGCCUAGGCGCUUUCGUUACAGGCAUGGCAUCAUUUGGAAGCGUUCAAGACCCCAACAUGUUCCCCUUCUCCGACCCCAGAACAGCAGAAGAGUUGUUUCAAUGGAGUCCUGGUUUUAUGUGACCA